UAACAUGGGUCUCAACAAUACGAACUCAACCUCGGUGAAUGCUGCAGAAGCGACUCUGAAUUUGAAACACGGUGCGAAAGCUGCGUUUCUCUACAAUGUUUAUUUAACAAGAGGUGUUCUCGCCAUUACCAUGGCAGUAAUUACAUCUUUCUCAAAUGGCCUUGUGAUAUUUUUGGUACUAAUGGAUCCAAAGAAAUGUCUUCGUUCUUCUCCGACUUGGCUUCUUGUCGCAAGCCUGGCUCUGGUGGAUUUCGCCGUCGGCUGCGGCCUGGAGCCUACGGAUGCAUACUACAGUCUGGCUGUUGCCAAUAGAAAGAAGCACAGCUUAGUUCGAAAAGACUUGCAGAGUGCUGCUGCGUUUCUCCUCCUGUCCUCGACGGUUCUGGUGAUGCUGAUAACUUUUGACCGACACAAAGCAGUAUCUCGGCCCAUCCAGUACCCUUACAGCAUCACAAAGAAAAGAAUUACCAUCAGCGUGUCGCUAGUUUGGAUCUACUGUGCGCUUCUUAUAUUUGCAAUACGCCGCUGGGGAAAAGAACUCAGGAACAUUUUAUUUUGCGCUCAUAUCGACUUGGUUGUGUUCAUUACCACUGGUAUUUUCUGCAGGAUUGUCUACCUGCUACGACUACAAACAAGCAAAUUAAAACGGCUAAGUGUGAGUUCGGACGACGCUUCUGUAGUUCAAGCGUCGACUCGUGAACGGAAGGUAACUCUCACACUCGCCACUAUGCUUGUGGUGUUCUUAUUCUGUACCAUGCCCUGGUUUAUAAUGAUGCAGAUCUAUGAUAACUGCCCAAUUUGCCAGAAACACUGGUGGAUCCUGAAGCUGCUUUUUAUACUUUUCGAAGCCAACUGCGCCAUCAACCCGUUUUUGUGCACGCUCCGUCUGCCGCGCUACAGAGUGGCGUUGCGAAUAACUUUGGCGCGGUGGGGGUUUUCAAGCGUGGUUUGUCGAUCUUUGCAGCAAGCCAGGCGUGCGUAUGUACUCAGGCUAAGAAGUUCCAGCAGUGGAAAUCAAUCCAGCGGAAAAAAAAAAUCUUUAAAUUCAAGUAUUUCUUUGCCGCCUGUUAUGACUCACCAUCAACAAAAUAUUGAUAACAUUUAAAACUAAACUAAGAAGUACCAUUACAGGGUUAGUUUCCAACUAUGAAAAAGUGAUUGAUAAUUGUAUUUUUCGAGUCCUUGUGUGAAGAAGCAAUAUCGAUUAUCAAAUGGAAGUUGAGAGCGUUUUUUUCUUUGAAAAUUUACAUGUUUAGUCUCGGGUGUUUUUCGGGAGUUAUUUCCCAUGACCAGACCAAUUAGAGGAGGUAAUAUUAUGCUGUCAAUUUAUGAAAAAUAGAAAUUGAUUCAUCCCGAUUAGAUGAUGAUAGGAAACAAAGUGAGAUCAUCUUUUCUCAGUGAACUAUAUUUUAUUCAGCUGAGAUAAAUUAGAUAUAGAACAUACAAAUGUUAUGUAAUAAUAAUGUUUAAAAAACUUAAAUGUCACCUACAAAAUAAAUCGGUUGUUAACACUAAAUAACUAAAACACGAAGAACGGAAGGAAGGAAGGAGGGAAAACUCAUAAGCUUCAAAGAGAAAAAGAAUGAAAUGCUGGCUUUUUUCCACAAUAGAAGG